ACUAGAGGGUACAGCUCAGGGAUGUACAGCCCAGUGUGCAGCGGCUGCAUCCACUCGGGAUGCGCUCGGCUUGGCAGGUGGAGCGAAGCCUUUGCCGCUCCUGGCUGGAUGCCGCUGGAACCCCAUCUCCAGGCAGCUCGCACUGCAGUACUUUCUGAACCGACCUACCAACGUGGAUCAGCCAAGGGGUGUACAUCAGCGCCAGGUCAGAGAGAUUCUCCCCAGCUGCUUCCUUGCUGUGUCCAUCUCUCAGGCCUGAUCCGGGUCACACUCCGAUCCAAGGGAGACUUGCUACUGGCUUUACUUUUAGCACAGCUGGACCACAGGGACCUGAUCCUGCAUGCUCCAGCCUCAGUGACAGCUGCCAGGAUUGGGUCCUAUUUUCCUUUUUUUUUUUUUUCUUUUUCUGGAAUAUAUAUAAAGCUUGCUUUUAUCAACAGCCUGUGUAUAUGGUCAAAUGAUGAACUUUACCAAGGAGGAAUGACAGAAAAGACACCGCAUAUUAAGACUCCUGUCACUCCACCCAGAUUAUCCUUUAUUUGUUUUGUGGGCAAACAGCAAGUUUUUAAGGAUUUUAAUCCACAGCAUUACAACCCACCAAACAAAAACAAGAAAGGGGUUUCUCCUGGCAAAUCAAAUCAGACUGGAUUAAAUCCUUCUGUCCGAAAGGGACUAGAUAAAUAUUUUCCUAUAGGAGUCCACCCCCCCCCCCCCCCAGCCUCUCUACAUGCUAAAGAGGCAAGUGUGGGUUUAAUGGUUAUACAGAUAAGCCCUUAUCUAAAGGAUACAACACUUAGCUUUACAGUCCGCACACUUAUUUACCAAUUGCUAAUGGCUACUGGGUUUAUGGCACUUGUGCCUCAAUUACGGUGCGAACAGCCCCGGUUACCUGUGGCAGGGAGCAAGUCGUGCCCGAGAGCACAGCCGUGCCCCAAAAGGGAUUUUUUUGGUGGAAGCAAGAGCUUUAGAGGGGAUCUGAUAGAAAAAAGGGGGAUUUUCUCACGCCAGACGCUGUUUUAAGCGAGAAACGUGUGCCCUGGGCAUUAAAAGCUCUGUGCAGGGGAGAGACCACUGCAGCUGAAUUUUAGCUGCGUUUGAGAGAGCUUCAGCUUGGUUAGAUUUCUUGGGUCAAAGCGAUCACAAAGGUGAUUUUUCAAUGUUAUUUUCUCCUUAUUCUUAUUCAUUACUUCCCCCCCCCCCCCCCCCGUGAACAGUCCUCUUUGCGGAAAAGAAGAGCAAGGGGAAAACAUCUGGACCCCUUCUCCCUGAUGCUGCGGGAGGAGGGAUGCUGCCCGCAAAGGGGUGGGAAACGGCGCCGGGACCUCCGCCCAGGUGAUGUUUAUGGCACAGAAAAGUCCCAAUAUCCCGGCGUACAAUGGCUACACUGUAAAUACGUCCUUUCCCAUCAUGUAAGACGUUAAGAUCGUUAGUUUUGGCUGGAAAUAAAAUAUAUUACAGGCAAACCGCUCUGCUAGUGGGCAGAAAAUACGCACUGCUGCUGUAAUGUUUCUCAUUAUAUUGCCCCUUUGUUCAUAAAAAUGACUGAGUUAUUGCAU